AUGCAUGCUUGUGUAGCGUGUAGCAAGUCGAAGCGCAGAUGCAGUAAGCAGCUGCCUGCUUGUCGCCGAUGUCACGGAAAGGGGCUCCGCUGCGAAUAUCCUCUGGUCCGCAUUGUAGCAGCCUCUGAUACGUCCGCAUCUAGCGGGAAUCUGCCCACAGACACUCCGUCGUCAGCAGGUAGCCUCUCACAAGAGCAUUCACCUCUGUCAAUACAUGCCCAGAGUCGGGGGACUCCUGAUCCGCCCGUGAACCUUUGGUUCCUUGCCCCAUCGUCUUGGGACAUUCUGCGAGAGCAUAGUACUCUCUCAGUGGUCAUUGCAUAUCCCGACUCCGGUCUGAGAUACUUUAUCGACAGACUGAGAGCAUGGGUGAGCCAAUGGACGCUGGGACAGCAUUCCAACUUUAUCCACUCCCACCUUUAUGGCAGCGACAUGCCAGAGUGUCUGCAGCAUGCUUAUGCCGCCUUCCAGGCUUACCAAUACUCGACCAGCUCUAAUAAACAUAUUGCUCUCCAAAUCGUAAGAAGCUACACAAAGCUGGUUAUCCAGGACCAAACCUUGUGCGAAGGCUUCAACGGCGGGGCAUAUGACAUCCGGAGCCAUCUGAGCCGAACACAAGCUCUCUUGAUCUUUCAGCUUAUCCGACUCUUUGACGGCGAUAUCAGAUCCCGGGCCGAGGCUGAGUCGACCACGGCAACUCUGAUCCAGUGGGCGAACAGUCUCAUGGAGAAGGCCAAGGCCGAUUUGGAAUCUGGGACUCGGCGGAGAAUGGACCAACUGCAUCCAUUCCCCACCACGAGUGAUCUUCAUUGCGACGGCACAACCGCCUCUCUGUGGCGGGCGUGGAUCUUCUCCGAGUCGAUCCGCCGGACUUGGAUCAUUGCAGGACUGAUGGAGGCGGCCUUUUCAAUUCUGAAACAGGGACAUUCCCCUUGCCCGGGGAGCAUAUGUUUCACGGGAACCAAGGGCCUGUGGGAUGCAGCGUCACCACAGGCAUGGAUGGCGCGGGUGCAGGAUGCUAAGCAGAUGAGGUUUCGGCUUAGUUGUGCCGACGUUGUGAACCUAUUAGACGACAGUAAACCAUCGGAUGUCGACGAGUUUAGUCGUGCAUUGCUUGUUUAUGGGCAAGGGCUGGAGAAAUGCCCGGAAUGGUGUUCAACGGAUUAG